GCAGAAGAAGAGUAGAUUCCCCCACCGAAUCCACCGCCUAUACAAGCAACAUGGCCAAGUGGGGAGAAGGCGAUCCACGCUGGAUUGUGGAGGAGCGACCCGACGCGACAAACGUCAACAACUGGCACUGGACGGAGAAGAACGCCACACCGUGGUCGAAGGAGAAGCUGACCGCGUUGCUCGACGGGUUCGUGAUCGCAGACGCUGGUCAGGAAUGCACAAUAACAAAGAUUGAAAAGCUGGAAGGCGAGGCCACGGCCAACAAUCGCAAGGGGAAGCUCAUAUUUUUCUACGAAUGGAACAUAACGCUAGUCUGGAGCGGCCGAUGCCAGGACGAGGAAGUAACGGGCAAAGUGAGCGUUCCGAAUUUGUCGGAAGAGAACGAUGUGGAUGAGGUGGAACUGACGGUGUCGGUGGACAACUCAAACGAGGCCUCGCAAAAGCUGAAGAUGUUCAUGUACAAUAUCGGGCGAGACAAGUUGAGGACGCAACUGGGUUGCUAUAUCAGUUCGCUUAAGGCCGACUUUGCGAAAGGAUUGAUCCUGCCCAAGAAGGACGUGAACGGCGAGGAGUUGGCCCCGCCAAAGCAAGAUAAACAGACAGUGUUCGCCAGUGGCUUUAAUAAGAUGAAAAUUGACCUAGAAACCGUCACCAGCUCGGACGAUUCGGCGAAAAAAGUGGGCUGCAAAUUGGACGUGAAGACGCUGAAAAUCGUGGAGAAAUUCCAGUGCCAGGUGCACGAGCUGUACGAUGCGCUCACGAGGGAAGAUAUGGUUACAGCAUUCACCAGGGGCCACGUGAAACACGAAAUGUUUAAGGGAGGAGACUUCGUCUAUUUCGGUGGAAACAUUUCCGGAAAGUUUGAGGAUAUUGUACCCAACAAGAAAAUCGUUCAUACCUGGCGAUACAAACAGUGGCCUGCGGGACAUUAUUCCACUGUUACGAUGCAGUUUGAAGAAAAGGAGGAUCACACGGUACUCAAUAUGACCCAAACAAUGAUUCCGUCUGCAGAACUGGAGACAACCCGGCAGAACUGGGAGCGUUACUACUGGAAUAGUAUUCGGUCUGCGUUCGGGUUCGGAAGUUUUCUUUGCUAAAGCGCACGUUUGAUACAUUCGUCAAUUUCACCGCUACAGCAUGCAUCUUCUUUGCGCUCUGUCCCAUACUCUUCGAUCGAUUGUUAUGUAAACGAUGGAACCGUACGGAAAAGAGGAUCCCCAUGGGAAGGCCCGAAACAGGAUAGACUCUUAGCUAGGCGGUGUAGUUACUUGUCGCGAAUAAACGAAACCUGCAGAAAGGCACCGUGAAUGCUCCGAUUGAAUAGUGUUCUACAUUUUGUUCAAAACCUUAGAUAGGAAGAGUGCAAGGCUGCCAGAUUCGGAACAUAACCACAGAAAGUAGAGAGCGUUGGUAUGCUUCACACGAUUAGCUUCUAUUUAGUUUCAAGGCAAACAUGGGCCCCGAUAGCAGUCGAAAGAAAAUGUCGAUCAUUGCUUUAAUUUAUGAAAUAAAAGAAACUCGCUGUCGGCUAAAAAACCGUUGCAAGAAAACUGUAACGAAAGAGGGCACGCGAGCGUGAGCCGGCAUCGGACAAGAUUUUACUUGCGGUACAAUAAAAAGUAAUUGAGUAAUAG